GACCUUUGACCUCCACCGCAUUGCCGCGAAUCGUUCGUUCUGCGUUGGGUGUCCGAAGUCUUAGAAGAACGUUUCCCGGUUAGCAGAGAAAAUAGAGAUGGCGUAUCGACCGCAGAAAGUGCAGAAAGUGAUGGUCCAACCCAUCAACCUCAUCUUCAGAUACCUACAGAAUAAAGCCCGGGUCCAGGUAUGGCUGUUUGGAAGAGGGACAAUGAGAAUAGAAGGCAUCAUCAUAGGUUUUGAUGAGUUCAUGAAUCUAGUUAUGGACGAUGCCGUGGAAGUUUACAUGAAGAAAGAUUUCAGACGUCAGAUUGGUCGGAUCCUGCUAAGAGGCGACAAUAUAACACUGAUCAUGCAGGCUGGACCCCAAUAAUGACAAACUCCCCCUGUCUUCUAAUGGUUGAUCUCUAUUACCCUCACACACAGACUAUUCACUAUCGUGCCAUUCCUGUUUUAUUAUCGAAUUUUUGUAAAUGGCGUACACGCAACAAAUUGUUAUUGCAUUUCCGAUGGUUUGAAAGUCAUUGUGUGGUGGUAACUAAAUUCUCGAAAUCUCAGAAGUG